AUGUCAAAACAAUUUUUAACUAUUUAUGCUGCAGAUUCGACUGGAACUAAUAGAAAAGCUCAAAUGAUAAAAACUUACUCAUUUACUACCGAUGAUGACGAAGGAACAUCUAUCGUCCAAUCUGAACCAGUCUCCAAUCAUGAUAAGUUAUUAUCGAUAAGUUCUCCUUCAAUCGAUAGUGCGAAUGCUGAAGAUGAUUUAUCAGAAGUUAGUACCAAAGCCAAAAGAAGAAAACCACGACGAACACAUGAAUCUGAGGAAAAAAUCGAGGAUACACAUGAGACAAGAAAAAUAUGCCCAUGGUAUAAAAAAAUUGAUUGGUCAAAACCAAUAUUAUCCAUGGGUUUAUUAAUCUUUCUCUAUAUAACGUGGACCAAAAGAGAUGUAUGGAUUCCAAGAAUGUUAACAUCAAAUGCACGCAUUCGUCGUUCUUUCGUUUCAAAAGAUACAGUAACAUCAGAUCAAUUAACAAGUUCAUCUUCGCAAAUAUCACCAACAAUCUCAACAAUUCCAUUACAAGAUUCCCCACUAGCCUUUGAUCAUAAAGAAGAUAAUAUCGACGAUCACGAAAAGGAUAAUGAUGAUGAUGAUCAAAAUAAUAGCGAACGAAUUAAUUUUGAAAACAAUGAAGAAUCAACAAUUUCUUCAGGUAAAGCAAAUAAUGGUCAUCGAGUCAAUAUUCGUAUACGAAGAAACAGAAUGAGUUUUAGUAACGAACAUAACAAGAAAAAGCAUCGUCACUCUCAUGAUCUACCUGCCGAUGAUGAAUUAGAAAAAACCGAUGGUGGAAGACAAGUUAAAGUAAUUAAACCAAAUGAAUCGAUUGCAUCAUUACAAAACCAUCCACCAAAAAAAAAUCGCCGAGAAAUUAUUCAAAAUGAAAAUGUAAAGAUUAGGACUGUUGUAAAUCAUGGUAUACGUUUAUCUACAUACGAUGAUAUUAUUGAUCAAUUAAGAAAAAAUCUGAAAUCUCGAACUCGAGAUCGAGAUUUUUUAUCAACACUAUCGAAAAAAACUGGAUUAAACAAGGAUAAAUUAUACCGAUUUAUUUAUAAAAAAGACUAUAAUCUUUUAACACUUGAAGCAUUCAUGUCUCUUUUAGAUACAUUUAAUUUAAUGCUUUUAGUUAUUCCAAAUUAG